AUGGAUAACUCAAGCUCCGACUCAUCUCGCAGUCGUUCAUCUCCUCCUGACGACGACCGUCACCACCCGGCCAACGACCAGCCUCAAACGUCCCCGACUACGGAUGCCAACGUUGAGCAAUCUGGAUCACCACCACCUGCCCCACCAACACAGACCACCCGCAACCAUGACGCUCCUUCCACCACCUUGUGGGAAAACUUCAUGACUAGCUUCCGCAACGUGGUGCAUGGCAGUCCAUCGCGGCAAUCCACAGCUGAAAACACUGUGACUCCCGCCGAUCCACCUGGUGAGCCAUCCCAAGGCAGCCCAACAACGCAACAGGCCUCACUGUCCUCUGCGACAACAGCGGCGAACAACGCACCGUCGAGCACGCAGUCGGGCGCGCUGCCUCAUCCUCCUGUCUUCUUCCGCAUGCCGUUCAAUGGUCCUGACGGUAACCCGGCUCUCCUCGCUUUCCACCCGCAGCCUCUGCCCCGUUCUUCACCCUCGGCGCACCAAGCCACACCACAACCGCCCACUUCAAACCCCCAAAGCGACGUACAUCCCACCGUUCAGCCAGGCGCCAAUCAAAACACCGAUCCAGCUGGUCCACAAUCUCACCCGCACCCGGACGGCCACGUCCCAGUUGCGCCGCUAUUCGUCCCCCUCGGUGCAUCGCCUUUACCAUUCUCGUUUAUCUACGACGCAAACACGCAGAUCGCUUGGCCCAUCGCUCAGGUCACUCCUGGCACACCUCCCGGUGGCCCGUCUCCUGAUGCUCCCGAGGCGCAACAACCACGCCUUGUCGCUGGUCCUCCUUUCCGCAUCAUCCUCGACAUUCACUUCACUGCACCUCCCGAGCCUGAGCGACCCGACCCCGAAAAGGCUGCCUCCUACGUCAAGCAGCUCGAACGUGCCGAUGCAGACCUCCGAGCUCGCAUGGCCCGUCUAGGCAUGGGAAGCAUCGGUGGCUUUGGCGCCGAUUCCGCCGCAGAAGGCGAGCAAGAUGCCUUGCUCGGUUGCGGCAUCUGUCUCGAAAGCUACAGCACUGAAGACCGCCCCGAAUGGAUCGACGGUCCCAAGAGUCAGGAUGAAGCCGUCGUCGCCGUACCCUGUCCUGGCCACCAUACUCUCCACGCCGGCUGCUUGCGCGACUGGCUCGAGAAAUUGCCACCGUCGCAGUGGACCUGUCCCUUCUGCCGGGCAAGCCUCGAUCCUGACUCUGCGCAUCGCAAGCCGGGUUCGGAUGCAUCCGCCUCGCGCUCCUCUCACAAAUCGGCGGCUACCUCAUCCACCUCGGCCGUCCACACUACGCUGCGUGAUGAGGUCAGAGCACGAGAGCGAAGGCGCGGAUGGCGAUGUGAUGCACCCGCCUGCUUCCCGCGGUACCCGCUCACCUCACAGCCAGACGACGGCCACCUCGAACUGCCAGAGACCAGGGACGACAUGACUACCGACCUCGUCAAGCUCGCUCCUUGCCAUCACGAGGUGCAUCUCGAUUGUCUUUGCACCAGCAUGCGUGUCGAGAAUGAUUUUACUGGUGCAGACGACCUUAAUGCCUUUCUCAGCGGCGACUCCGAUGACGAUUCUAUUUCCGAAGUUUCUGAAAAGGAGGAUUCAGGUGCUGCCCUAACGCAGGAGCCGGAACCCCAGACAGACCAGCCGAACACGGUCGGCAAAUGGGUCACCUGUCCGACGUGUCGUAAGGAGUGUUGGGCCGAGCUGCCUCUGCGACGUCGUCCUCAACGCAUUGCUCCCCAAGCCUCUUCGGUCAUGGCUGCUCCUGCAGUGUCUGAUGACGCCGAGCUCGCUACCAAGGGUGCGACUUCUGCGAUCGAGACCGACUUCGCAGCUCUGCAGUCAUCUCAGUCUGAACUCGAUGGCGGCAAAGAACAAGACGCUGUCGAUCCAGACGAAGAAGCGGCGGUCGAUGCUCUGCUCGUCACCAACUGA